UUUGAGUACGAUGAGGAGAAUGACACCUACUAUUAUCCGUGCCCAUGUGGUGAUCGCUUUGAAAUCAGUGGCACUGAACUAAAAGCAGGCAAAGACGCAGCAGAGUGCCCCAGUUGCUCUUUGGUAGUCAAAGUAAUCUACGAUAUAGAGAAAUUUCGGACCGAGGACAAGAUCAAAUCUGAAGAAGAGUCUCAUCCUAAAUCAACAUCAUCUGCUGUUGUCAAUUGAUUACUCCUUAACUUACAUCAUCAAGCAUCAAACUGAUUGAGAAACUGAUCUUUCCAAGGUCCCUGUCAAGUGCUCUCAUUUUUUAAAGACAUUAAAAUGGCUGGUCGUGGUCGCGGUAGAGCAGCCCUGUCAUUUGCAGCAGAGCAAAUAGGCAUUGCGCCAGGCGAGGCGCUUCCUGGACCUGUUCUUCAGCCACCACCACUGUUCCCUGGACUUGAAUUUCACCCAGCAGAGCUAGAUCUCAAACCAGAAUACUCAAAACGGCUUCGGUACAAAAAGGACAUCCUCAAGUACUUUUCCAGGUCAGAGGAAGGCAAGGAAAGAGAACCUCGGCUUCUUAACUGGGAUGUCUACCCUAGUGAACUUAAGCCUCAUUUCAAGAAGCCUGCAGUGAAGAAACCGGUUUUGAAACGGAAAGCAAAUUUGGAAUGGCUAGACGCAUUAGAAAAGAGUGAGGAAUCAGGGAAGGAAGAGAAAGCAGAAGAGGUCACUCCUGAAGAAGGGGCCAAAGAGGAAGGAGGGGAGGAGGAGGGAGAGCUAGGUGAUGAAGAAGAGGCUGAUGAAGAGAUGGACGAUGGAACUGAUUACAAUGAAAACUACUUCGAUAACGGAGAAGGUUAUCUCGAUGAUGAGGAUGAUAAUUUGGAUGAUGGUCCAAUUUAUUAAUAAGAACAGGCCACCUCUUGAUCGUUCAAAUAAUUCGGUUCCUCGCCAAAGUUUCAUAAAAAUAGUCUUACAUGAGUGAGUGUUUGCUGUCUCACUGGCUCUUAAAACAUCAUAGGACUCAGGGUUCACUUUACAUGGAGUUAAUAAUCUUAAUGCAAAAAUCCUAAUAAUUUUGUUCUUCUCGACAAACUGGACCCACUUACUUUAAAAUAUGUACAUCUUGCUUAAGACCUACUUUUUCUUGGACCUCAAGAUCAAGAAUACGGAAGGAUUUCAUGGUUAUAUCCUUAUGCUCUUAAAUUUAGAAUCAUAUCCAUUUCCAUCACUCAUGUACUUUUCUAAAUUUCUUUGUCAAGUAUACUUUUGAAUUGCAAAAAGUUUGGUGUGCAUUUUUAUGUUUUUUUAAAAUUUCCAUCAAAGAAAAAAAUUAAACUGCAGAAGUUUCAUCUUUCAUUUUAUCAAUGAAAACGUAUACAUCAAGUACAUGACUGCUAUUGAGCUGCCUUUUCUUUCAUUCUGUCAUGACUAUGAGAAACUUUAAGCGUCAGUUCACUGCCGUGCUAAGUCAGUCAGCAAUAAAUGCAGGAUUUCAAACUUACAGGAAAAUGCAAGUUAAAUGCGACUAAUCCGUAAUCAUCGAUGUAAACGUUUCAAUCUAGGCUUUAAUGUACAGUGUAUCUAAUUCUUUGAAACAAGUAGAAUUAUAUUUUGCAAUUUGUAGAUUUACGGCAAAA